AUGGGAACAACAAGACGUUUCGGUGGUGAGCUGGUCCUAGUGUGCCUGCAGUGGCAAGGAGCCGAACGUUCAUUUGUUUCAAAGUUAGUUGUUUCAAAAUAUGGCUUAGGAAACCCUAGGGAUGAGAUUCCUAUUAUGUUACCAUCUGGGGAAGUAGUAACUUGCUCAAGAGUAUAUGAAAACGUCCUUGUGAGAAUUGGGGAUGUAGACUUUGAAACCAACCUCAUAGAAUUUCCAUUGGAAGACUUGGAGAUCAUUUUAGGGAUGGAUUGGCUUAAGGAGUAUAAAGCCGAGAUUCUUUGUGGAGAACAAAAAGUGAGAUUGAGGAAUAAGAAUGGGAAAAAGAGGUUGGAAGAAGAGAAGCUUAAGAUAGAACAUGUGAAAGUGGUGAAUGAGUUUCCAGACGUAUUUCCGGAAGAUAUACCGGGAAUGCCACCUCAGAGGGAGUUAGAAUUCACCAUAGACUUAGUUCCUGGAACUGCCCCUAUAUCAAAAGCACCCUAUAGAAUGGCUCCAGCAGAGAUGAAGGAGCUCAAAUAA